AUUGCAGAAUGGCUUUCAGAUAGUAAGAUGCCUGCUGUAUGUCUGAAAAUAGAUGAGGAUCAACGACCAGUGAAGCUACGCAAAAUUGUUCUUGGUUUUCCUUGCAGUGACAAUCUGACCGAAUUCAAAUUUGACUUAACUCUUAACUACAAGAUAGCUAGUAUUAUACAAACAUACUCGGAACAAAAACCAGCACUUGUGUUUUGUGCCACAAGAAAAGGAGUACAGCAGGCCGCUUCUGUUCUUGCAAAAGAUGCUAAAUUUCUACUGAGUAUAGAACAGAAACAAAGAUUACAGAGGUCUGCAAAUUCACUGAAAGAUUCCAAACUGAGAGAUCUUUUAAUGUAUGGUGUGGCUUAUCAUCAUGCGGGUAUGGAGAUAUCUGACAGAAAAAUAAUUGAAGGAGCUUUUACUGUAGGAGACUUACCAGUACUUUUUACUACUAGCACCUUAGCUAUGGGAGUCAAUCUACCUGCACACCUGGUGGUUAUAAAAUCCACGAUGCACUAUGUUGGAGGAGUGUUCCAAGAGUACAGUGAAACUGAUAUUCUGCAAAUGAUUGGGAGAGCAGGAAGGCCUCAAUUUGACAGUACAGCUACAGCAGUUAUUAUGACUCGUUGGAAUACAAGGGAGAAGUAUAUACAGAUGUUAAAUAGUGCUGAUAUAAUAGAGAGCAGCUUGCACAGGCAUCUUGUCGAGCACUUAAAUGCAGAAAUAGUGCUACAUACUGUCACAGAUGUCACUGUAGCUUUGGAAUGGAUACGAUCAACAUUCUUGUACAUUAGAGCCUUAAAAAAUCCAACUCAUUAUGGUUUUUCAUCUGGAUUGGAUAAAAUUGGAAUUGAAGCAAAAUUACAAGAACUGUGUUUGAAGAACUUAAAUGAUUUAUCAUCUUUUGAUUUGAUCAGGAUGGAUGAAGCAAAUAAUUUCAAACCAACAGAGCCUGGAAGAUUAAUGGCGUGGUAUUAUAUUGCAUUUGAUACAGUGAAACAAUUUUUCACAAUUAAGGGAACAGAGACCUUAAAUGAAUUGAUUACAAUGAUCUCCAACUGCACAGAAUUUCUGGAUGUCAAGUUAAGAACAAAUGAAAAGAAAAUAUUGAACACUUUGAAUAAAGACAAGGACAAAAUAACUAUCAGGUUUCCAAUGGAGGGGAAGAUAAAAACAAGAGAAAUGAAAAUAAACUGUCUUAUUCAGGCUCAACUAGGAUGCAUUCCUAUUCAAGACUUUACUUUGACACAAGAUACUGGCAGAAUAUUUAGAAAUGGCUUAAGAGUUACUAGAUGGUUAUCUGACUUUCUGGCAUCAUGUAGGAACAACUUUUCUGCUUUAUUAAACUCUCUGAUUUUAGCAAAGUGUUUCAGGUGCAAACUUUGGGAAAAUUCACUUCAUGUAUCUAAACAAUUGGAAAAAAUUGGUGUAUCACUGUCAAACGCUAUGGUAAAUGCUGGGCUGACAUCAUUUAAAAAAAUAGAAGACACAAAUGCAAGGGAACUUGAAUUGAUUUUAAACAGACAUCCUCCUUUCGGAAACCAGAUAAAAGAAUCUGUUUUGCACCUUCCAAAAUAUGAACUUGACAUUGAACAGCUUCCAAAAUACAGUGAUACAUUGGCUGAAAUCUUAGUAACCAUCAAAUUAACAAACUAUGAGCGGCUACAGACAAAGAGAACAGCAACAGACUUUCACUAUGUUACAUUGGUCAUAGGAGAUGCUGACAACCAGGUCAUUUUUAAUCAGAAAAUUAUGGAUUCUGUGCUGCUGAAAACUGGAAAUUGGAUGAAGAAAAUUGAAGUGAAAAGAGCUCUUAAAUCAGAGGACAUUAGUAUAAAUUUAAUUAGUUCUGAUUAUGUUGGCCUUGAUAUACAGCAAGCAUAUACAGCCUUUUACCUAACACCAAAAACAGUGGGAAGUAAAGUGGUUACAAAUCAAAAACUGAAAGCUGAGUCUUCACUUGAUAUGUAUUAUGGCUCAUCACAAAGUCUGCCAGCAGCAAAAGUAUAUACAGGAGGCAGAUCUAAACAAGAGAUUACCUACAAGAAAUAUGGAAAUAGAGAAUGCAACCAUCGCUGUAAAACUAAAGAUGUGUGUGGACAUGACUGCUGUAAAACUGGAGUACCUCCAAAGUCUGAGAUGAAUGGCGAUUCAAAGUUUUCUUUGUACCUAGCUGAUUUAAGGAACAGGAACUCAAUUUCAUCUGUACCCCCAGUAAAACGGUUAAAGAUGCAGAUGUUAAAUCAAGCUCAAAAUGUGGAUCUCAAACAAUUUGUUUUUACACCUAAAUCUGUGUUGCCGGUGUUGCCAAGGUCUAGCAAUAAACAGUCGUCUUCAUCACCUUCAGUGGACCAGGUAGAUAAUGUUAAUAGCUUAGGAGGAUCUCAGAAACAACUGCAAUCCUGGAAUUAUGGAAAGAGUAAUGCUCUGGAUGUGGACUUCGAACUGAGAGAUGAUGUUUGGGAUGAUAUUGAUGAUGAGAAAUUAGUAUUUGCUAGCAACUUUGCCAGCAGAGAAUUGGAACAUGGAAAUAUCUGCCUUCAAAUUCUAGAUGAGUGUGAACCACUUUGCCACUAUACAAGAAACAAAGCCACAAAUGAUAUUUCAAAAGAUUCAUGCACAUUACAAGAUGAGACCAAUAUUCAGAACUCAGUUGUUUCUGUGGUUAAUAGCACUUCAAAAGUGAAUUUAUCUGUACAGAGUGGAAAUAUAAAUAUGUUCAGUUUUCAAGAAAAAAAGCAUUCAAAUCCUUCACAAGAGCUGAAAAAUAUACAGUGUUCUUCGAUUUCAAAAAUAAUCUCAGAUUCUUCUAAAUUCACUAGGAAAGAGGAUUUUUUCAUUUUCACAAAAGAACAGGAAAAAGAAGUAGAUCCCAGAUGUCUUCCUGAUGAUGAAAUCAAUGAUGUCACGCCUUUUCUUGGAAUAUUUGAUGGCAUUUUGUAA